AUGGUCCAAGAAACCCUGCCAGCACUGCCGCUGUCUCUGCCCAAACCGCAACCAAGGCCGCCAUUGACAAUCCCCCCCGACUUCCUGCACCACCCGUACACCCGCCAUGCCCUGCCCUUCAUCAACGGCGGACUGGCCGGUAUGACCGCAACCGCCGUGAUCCAACCCGUCGACAUGGUCAAGGUGCGUCUGCAGCUCGCCGGCGAAGGAGCCCGCACCGGUCCUCGCCCAUCCGCUCUCGGUAUCACUCGCGAUAUCAUCGCCUCCGGCAAAGUCCUCGAUCUAUACACUGGUCUGUCCGCCGGUAUCCUCCGCCAAGCCGUCUACACUACCGCACGUCUGGGAUUCUUCGAGACAUUCAUCAAGAAGCUUAAUGCCCGCGCCGAAGCCGCAGACCGAAAAGUUACCUUCGCCGAGCGUGCUGCGGCAGGACUGACUGCCGGUGGAAUCGCAGCGAUGAUUGGAAACCCGGCCGACUUGGCUCUGGUGCGCAUGCAGUCCGACGGCCUGAAGGCCCCCGAGGCUCGCGCAAACUACCGUUCCGUCUUUGAUGCUCUCGGUCGUAUCACCCGCACCGAGGGACUCGCUGCCUUGUGGGCUGGUGCUUCGCCUACAGUUGUCCGUGCCAUGGCCCUCAACAUGGGUCAAUUGACUUUCUUCUCUGAGGCAAAGCAGCAGCUUAAGCAACAUACUUCUCUCUCCGCUCAGAAUCAGACUUUUGCUGCGUCCGGAAUUGCUGGCUUCUUUGCUAGUUUCUUGUCUCUGCCUUUCGAUUUCAUCAAGACCCGUCUUCAGAAGCAACAGAAGGAUCCCAAGACUGGACAGGUUCCUUACAAGGGCUUGGUGGAUUGUGCGCGCAAGGUUGCCAAGGAAGAGGGCUGGUUGCGUUUCUACCGUGGAUUCGGUACUUACUACGUCCGAAUCGCUCCUCAUGCCAUGGUUACCCUCAUCGUGGCUGAUUAUCUCAACCUCCUCACCAAGUAA